AUGCCUUCGGAAAAGGCUCCUUUCUAUGAUCCUAUACCUCCCACAUACGACCAGGCCGUGGCCAGCGGUAGUCGCUAUGACCCCGACGACUGGUCCCCUGCUCCAAGAUCUCCGACUAACGAGCGAAAUGCAACCGAAGCCGAAUCCCAAGGUCUCUUACAGCACUCAAGUGCUGCCAGCUCUUCACGCAGACCCGACGGUUAUCGACCACCAACAGUAGAAACCGACGAUGAGGACAGUUUGUGGGCCAGUGACAGUGAUAGCGAUGACGAAGCCGCGCAGGUCCGACGUGAGAUGCAGGAGAUGGAGAUCGAAGAACCCGACCGAUCCCGAGGCUCCCAGUGGGGAAAACGAAUAGGCUCAUAUCUAACUUUACCGGCUUGGAAAUGGUCCUGGCGCCCAAGAUUACCGCGAUUGCGCAUACGUCUACCUCAACGAGCUGAUGCGCCAGCGUCCGAAAACGCCGAGACUGCUACGGGUGAGAAUGAGGAGACGCCAAGCCAGACAACGCGGAGGUGGAGUAUACCCAAGUUCGACAAGACAGUCGUUAUACUGUUUUGCGUGCGCAUUCUGGCGCUCACGAUUAUACUGGGAUUCUUCUAUCUGCUUUUCGCCAGCGAUAUGUUCGGAGGUCUAUCAGAUCGUCUUGGGGGCGGGUUCCGAUUUAAUCCUGAGGAUCUCAAAGCCCACCUACUGCGUACUGUCGAUCCCAUGAGGAUGCGCGCCUCCGUUCAACACUUUUCGAACUAUGCCCAUAUCGCCGGUACCGAAGGCGACUACGCGACUGCUCUGGAUGUCCAGGCCAUGUUUGGUCGAGCUAUGCUGGAUGAGGUGAUGAUGGACGAGUACAAGGUUUAUAUCAACUAUCCCCGCAAGGACGGUCGUGCGGUGCAAAUAAUGGACGAAAAGGAUCUGAAGAAGGCCAUAUGGACAGCCAAGCUAGAGGAGGAGGAAGUUGGUGGCGAGACAGCAGGCCGGCAAACAUAUGCCUUUCACGGAUACUCCAAGUCGGGUGACGUCAAGGGACCACUCAUUUAUGCCAACUACGGUUCACGAGAGGAUUUCGAGUAUCUCGUGAGUAAGGGAGUUAAUGUUACAGGAGCUAUUGCGCUGGUACGAAAUGGUGGUUCUCUGGAUAACCAAGGUCUCAAGGUCAAGGCUGCGGAGCUUGCAGGUUUCGCUGGCUGUCUGACUUACUCCGACCCGGCUGAUGACGGAUUUAAGAAGGGUGCUGUUGCGCCUGAAGGACUGUACAUGCCCGCCGACGGCAUUCAAAGAGGUUCCGUAGGUCUCACAAACUGGGCCAUCGGUGAUCCUUUGUCCCCUGGUUAUGGUAGCAAAGGAGAUCAGCGAAUUACUCUCGACAAGGCCAAUGGGCUCGUUGGUAUUCCCAGUCUUCCAUUGGCAUGGAGAGACGCCAAGAUUUUGCUUCAACACCUCAAGGGAUAUGGCAAAAAGGUACCAAACAAAUGGGAAGGUGGUGUUCCAGAUAUCGAGUGGUGGACUGGCGGCAACAAAUCUCCAAUUGUGCGAUUGAAGAACGAGCAAGAUGAGGAUCCUAUGCACACUAUCUGGAACGUCUAUGGUCGGAUCAAUGGCAUGGAGCAAACAUCCAAGUCUAUUAUCAUCGGCAACCAGCGUGAUUCCUGGGCUUUUGGUGCGACUGACCCCCAUUCAGGCACCGCCGUUAUGAUCGAGAUGGCCAGAAUCUUUGGAGACCUCGUACAGCGAGGCUGGAGACCCCUGAGAACCAUCGAGUUCAUGUCAUGGGAUGCGUCUGCUUACAACCUGAUCGGCUCAACAGAGUACGUCGAACACAACUCAGAUGCCCUGCGCGACAAUGCUUUUGCCUACAUCAACCUCGAUGCAGCUGUUGUUGGCAACGAAUUGCACGCCUCCGGAUCGCCCGUCUUCCAAAAGGCUCUUCUGCACGCUCUAGGCAGAGUUAUCGACCCUAGUACUAAUGCUACUUUGAAGGAGCUUUGGGACCAGAGCCACGCCGAACUUAAACAGCCCGAAGGAAGGGGCAACCAUCUCCCAUUCCAGGACAUUUCAGGAACUAGCUCGCUCGACCUGGCGUUCAGGGGAAGCCAGGUCCCUCAUCAUUCAAGCUACGACAAGAUUAACUUGGUGGACAACCUGAUCGAUCCCGAUUUCAAGUAUCAUGGUGCUAUGGGACAAGUGAUGGCUCUUCUCAUUCUUGACAUGGCAGACCGACCUAUCAUGCCAUUUGACAUGGGCUGGUAUGCGCAGAGACUAGGUCAAUGGGUGAAAGAGCUCGAGAAGUGGGCUAUCAAGCGCUUAGGAGGUCAACCCAAGGGUGAGACAGACGCUUUCAAGGAGCUCAAGGAAGCUGUACAGCUCAUUCAGCACAACGUUGCCACAUUUGAAAAGUGGGAGAUGGAUUGGGAUCGUGACGUUCUGGGCAAUGGAGGCUGGGAGGCCAACGACAUUGGCGCAACUCGAUUAGCAUACAACAACAAGAUGGCCUAUUUUGAGACGGCAUUGCUGGACCUUGAAAUCGGUGGCGGAAUCCCCAACCGCACACAGUUCAAGAGCGUCGUCUUUGGGCCAGAAGCAUGGUCUAACGACGGAGCUGUCUUCCCUUCAAUUCGGGACAGCAUAGAAGGGGGGGAUUGGAAAACCGCCAAGCCCAUCGUUGCCAAGACGGCAGCACUUCUGCGCAAAGCAGCGUCGAUUUUAGAGAUGCAGCAAUAA